AUGGCAACCAAGUCACAUCAGUACGAAGCUGAUGGGGACACAGUGAUGAAGUCUGUAAAUCAACCGGUAUUCGAGUUCGUCAAGGCGCCGUGGUUGAACGACUGGAGUCAUGAUGCAUUGGUCAAAUGGAACCAAGCACGUGACCAGUACGAGGAAACUAUUCGGCAACGCUGUUUUGAGAGUCGUGAACGACCCGAGACCGUGAUGAAACCAGUAAAAUCCUCAAUCGACCGGAAGUUGCUGGAGGUGGUAUGCCUCUACGAGUUACGGAAGGCUGUGGAUAACGUCAGCAGUGAGGAGCUCCUCAUGCUGAUUAAGCAGCGCAUUGGUACUGUAAAGAACGAGCAGAUCCCCGACUUGGACGAGUUGUUCAAGAAGAAGCUGAAGAUCGACUUGGCAGAAGAUGAUAUCGAUGCUCGUAGGGUUUUGCUGAUCGUAUGA